GGCUCCAACACUCCUGAGCUCCUGCACUCCUGGCUCCAGUGCUCUCUGGUUCCCGCACUCCUGGACUCCUGUACCCCGAGCUCCAGUGUUCGCCGACUUGUCUCCAGGGCUCUCUGACUCCCGUGUUUCAGGUUACGGUGCUCUCUGGAUCCUAUACUCCCGCCUUCUGCGCUCCAGUGCUCUCCGGUCUGUGCCCUCCAGCUUCUGCCCUUGGGGCUCCAGCAAGCUCUGGUCAGGGAGCUGGGAGAAUGUCUUCUCUGCCUCGCACAGGUAGCCCAGUCAGCCCGCGCGAAGCAACGGAGGGGCCGGACGUCCCAAGGGGCUCCGUCAAGCUGAGCCCGGGGCCGUGGGGUGAGACCAACAACGGAUUCGUCUCGAACGAGGCUGGGACGGAGCUGGGGGAGCUGUGGGCCCCAGCCCCGGCACCGGUCCCAGCCUGGAAGGGGAUGAGGCCAUACGCGGGGAUGCCCAAGGAGGUCUUGCUGCAGUAUUCGAGCCAGGCUUGCUACCGCGUCCCCCGCAACGUGCUCUUCUGGCUGAUCGUGGUGGCUGUGCUCGUGCUGGUGGCGGCCACCGUGGCCAUCAUCGCCCUUUCCCCCAAGUGUCUGGACUGGUGGCAGGCCGGCCCCAUGUACCAGGUCUACCCCCGCUCCUUCCGAGACAGCGACAAGGACGGGAAUGGGGAUUUCAGAGGCAUUCAGGACAAGCUCGACCACAUUGCGAGUCUGAACGUGAGGACCGUCUGGCUCAAUUCUUUCUACAAGUCAUCGCUGAGAGAUUUCCGAUACGGCGUCGAGGAUUUCCGGGAAGUGGACCCCGUCUUUGGGACGAUGAAGGACUUUGAGAGCCUGGUGGCAGCUAUUCACGACAAAGGUUUGAAGGUCAUUAUGGACUUCAUCCCGAACCACACGAGUGACCGGCACCCCUGGUUCCAGCUCAGCCGGAACCGGACGGGGAAGUACGCGGACUACUACAUUUGGCACAAUUGCACCCUGUUGGACGACGGCACCACCGACCCGCCCAACAACUGGCUGAGCGUGUUCGGGAAUUCCAGCUGGGAGCUGGACAGGGAGCGCGACCAGUGCUACUUCCACCAAUUCCGCAAGGAGCAGCCCGACCUGAACGUCCGCCACCCCGCCGUCCAGGAGGAGAUCAAGGAGAUCAUUCGCUUUUGGCUCGGAAAAGGAGUUGACGGAUUCCAUUUUGACGCUGCCAGGUUCCUGCUGGAAGCGACCCACCUGAGAAACGAGCCUCAAGUCGAUGGGAGCCAGCCCUCGGCCACCGUCACUAACUACGCAGACUUGUAUCAUGACUACACCGCCAACCAAGAGGGGAUGCACGACCUUAUCCGGGCCUUCCGUGAAACGAUGAACCAGUUCAGCAGGGAGCCUGGGCAAUACAGGUUCAUGGGUGUUGAAGCCAAUGGGGAGACAAUUGAUAGCACCAUGAUGUACUACGGUCAACCCUUCAUCCAGGAAGCGGACUUCCCCAUCAACCCUUUCCUCUCCCCCUUUUCAAAUUCUUCUGGGAGAAAUGUGUUGGACACUGUACUUGCCUGGAUGGACAACAUGCCCAAAGGGAAAUGGCCCAACUGGAUGACCGGAGGCCCUGACUUCACCCGGGUGUCCUCUCGCUGGGGGGAGAACUACACCAACGUCUUAAACAUGCUCAUGUUGACGCUUCCCGGGACCCCCAUCACUUACUAUGGGGAAGAAAUCGGCAUGCGUAAUGCGCCGGUGGGCUCUCUGAAGGACACGUACAAUCCGGAGACCAUCGGCUCCAAGGCCCCCAUGCAGUGGAACUCUGAGGACCACGCUGGUUUUACGGAAAGCUCGUGGCCCUGGACACCCGUGAGCGACAACUAUGAGACCGUCAACGUGGAGGUGCAGUCGAAGCAGCCCGGCUCGACGCUGAAGCUGUACCGGGAACUAGGCGCCCUACGGGCCGGCGAGCUGCGGCUGAGCCGAGGUUGGCUGUGUUCCAUCUGGAGUGACCAGAACCUGGUGGUCUACAGUCGCGAGCUGGACGGCCUGGACAGAGUGCUCACCAUGGUGCUCAAUGUGGGAGGGCCAGCCCGGUUGGAUCUGCGGAGCCACAUUUCGGGGGUCCCCGCCAAGGCCAGCAUCCGGCUGGGCACGAACCUCGGUCGUGGGCGCCAGGAGGUGGACACGGCUGUCAUCGACGUGGAAACAGGUGAAGGAUUGAUCCUCGAGUACAAAAUGAAGGUUCCUCUUCACAAAGAGGUGGCCUUCAAAGAUCGCUGCUUCAUUUCUGACAAAGCGUGCUACUCCAGCGCCUUCGAUCUCCUGUACAACUUCUGUUAAGCCAGAGGCGGGUACCGCGCUCCAGGCUCGUGGCAGCCUCCUGCGCACAGGCCUGGCAGAACUCAGGCUUGGCUAGGAUGAAUUCAUUAGCGGGGCUAGGCCUUUCCGGGUUGGAUCCAUGCUGGAAGUUGUGAUUGGUAUAAAACAAGGUGACACUUGUUUUAAAUAAAAAUGCAAGCCAGCCUGGGCCCUGCAGCAUGGCCCAGAUGUUUUGGGCUCUGCGCA